UCACCAAAUCCAAAUACCAUCUUCAGUAACCUUUCAGUUUCAUUUCUCUCUAACCAAAAAAAAAAAAAAAAAACAUAUUUGAUGGCAACCAUGGCUCUCUCUUCUCCAUCAUUUGCAGGCAAAGCUGUGACUGUGAACUCACAAACAGAAUUCCCAACUAAUGUUAGAUCCAGCAGCAACAGCAAGAUCUCCAUGAGGAAGACAUCUGCAAAGAAGCCUGCUGCUUCUUCUGGAAGUCCAUGGUAUGGUCCAGACCGUGUCAAGUAUCUCGGUCCAUUUUCUGGUGAGUCUCCUUCUUACUUAACCGGUGAAUUCGCUGGUGACUAUGGUUGGGACACUGCUGGACUAUCAGCUGACCCAGAGACCUUUGCAAAGAACCGCGAACUUGAGGUGAUCCAUUCAAGGUGGGCGAUGCUCGGCGCUUUGGGCUGUGUCUUCCCCGAACUCCUCUCAAGAAACGGAGUCAAAUUUGGCGAAGCAGUUUGGUUCAAAGCCGGAUCUCAGAUCUUCAGUGAAGGAGGACUAGACUAUUUGGGCAAUUCCAGCUUGGUUCAUGCACAGAGCAUCUUAGCUAUUUGGGCAACACAGGUCAUCCUUAUGGGCGCUGUUGAGGGCUACAGAGUUGCCGGAGGUCCACUCGGUGAGGUCGUUGAUCCACUUUACCCAGGUGGCAGCUUCGAUCCAUUAGGCCUUGCAGAGGACCCAGAGGCAUUCGCCGAGCUAAAGGUAAAGGAACUAAAGAAUGGUCGCCUCGCCAUGUUCUCCAUGUUUGGGUUCUUUGUUCAGGCUAUUGUGACUGGAAAAGGUCCUCUAGAGAACCUAGCAGACCACCUUGCCGACCCAGUGAACAACAAUGCUUGGUCAUACGCUACCAACUUCGCUCCCGGGAAGUGAGAAUAAACGUACCAAAGGAAAAUUGGUGUUUGGUUUCCUACUUUUUUCUUUAUCCUCUGUACAUCCAUUUAGCUUGCAAAAUUGUGGAGCAUGUCUGAGUUUCAUCCAAAUAGUGCUUGUGUCUAUGGUGUAGUUUCUUAUGUACCUCAUAAAAUGGAAACUACAUAUACUCCCUAUAUUCUAGAAACAAUCAAGCGGUUCAAUUGUUGGGUUGUAAAUAUGAAACCAAACAAAUUAAGAAUGA